ACAACGACGGACAAAAUGCGGAAGCAAAAAUUAACCUGGAUUUUGAUGAAAUGCAACAAGCCGGUUCUGUUAGCAUUAUUAAAAAAACGCUUGAGGCAAGUCCGCAAUCAUAAAAAUAUGACGCUCGAAGAUUUUCUACAGAAUAACAGAAGAGAAAUAAAGGAUUUCCUCCGUGAAUAUGAUAAUAAGAAAAGAUUUAAGAACAAGCUAUUUCCUCAUGAUAGCUCUCCAACAAAUGUGGAGAACUGGAACAUUGAACUUCUUAUACUCUUCAUGAUAUAUAUAUUUGGAGUAAGUAAGUCUGUCAGAUUUUAUAUGCAAAAGACACUGAAAAUCCAACAAGAGCUUUGUCGCAUGCAUGAAGGAGAUUUUAGAAAGGCUGAAUACAAAAGAUACAGGCGACAUCUUAGGAAAAUGCGUUACAAAUGUUACAAAAAAUUGCGAAACUGGAAGCUCGAAAACAAAACAGAAGCUUUAGCAUGUAAAAUCUAUUCCAAUGACGUGAGGCGAAAUGAAUUGCAUGCUUUCUAUUGGACAGUUACUGGACAAAGUCGAGAUUCAAAAGAUACAACACCUUGGACUGCUUGUAUUACACGGCAAGACAGAGCUACAGCAAGCCUGUUGAUUGAUCAAGAGGUCUUACCUUCGAACGAAGAACUACUCAUGGCCUUUGAUGUGUUUGACAGGUCGUCAGAAACAUUCUUAACAAUAUGCAAAAUGAUCAACAGGGUGAUAGAAAGUAAAUCACAAGGAAUCAAUGGUACUUGGACUUCGUAUCAUGCCAACAAAAAACAAAUUGUUUUUGUUGUUGAAACAAACGAGAAGUCCAUGGAAGUAAAAGUAGCUGACUACCAUAUAUAUGUCAGAAGUACACGGGAAAGCAAUGGGGAAUGUGCCCUAUUGUUUCAGACGUGUUGUAAAUGCAAAACAAAAGAAGAGCAAAUUAUUCUCGAAAAACUCAGGAAAAGCAUAAAUAAACAUGCCGAUAACCUUAUGAAUAGCCAUAGUAAACUGAGUGUUGUAUUACCGAGUCUAAAAAAGUCGGUCGGUUACAAAUCUCGAAACCAGCGUAUUAUUGACGAGCCUUGCAUUACUCUUUAUGUACCAGUAAAGGGUUUAAUACCAAUUGAAGAAGAUCCUUUUCCAAAAAGGAUAGACGAUUUUCAAGUAGAUGUAAUUGAAGGUGAAUUCGUUCCUUACGCUGGAUAUGCAAACGAUUUUCAUGAACAUUUAAAGAUGGGUCUAGCUAUCCAUGGAAAUGCUAGGGACAAAAAUGGUGAAAUCCUUGGCGGUACACUUGGUGGAUUCGUAGAUCAUCCAGUGCAUGGACUUUGUGGAAUAUCUUCAGCUCAUGCAUUGCUCUCAAGAGACAAUUUGGUAACCAAUCAAACUAAUUGCAGUAUCGAAGUAUCUCAACCAAUUGGUCUGGACUCAAAACCAUUUGGAGAAAUUGUAUCGGUACUCUGUUGUGCAGGAGAUGCAUCUUCCCCAGGAAUGGAAGUGGUACUUUUCAAAAUACAUCAAAGACAUCCUAUAGAUGGAAGUUUUCCGGAGGCAUUUAAUUACACCGAUGCAGGUUUUGAUGACGAGAACCCGCUGACGUACAACUCCGGAAAAGUCCUCAAAGCUUCGGAAAUAAAUCGAAGAAGGAAGUCAGAGUUGUACAAGUUCGGCAUGGCCACUGGUGUUACUAGAGGGGCCUUUGCAUACCAAGGGGCAGCCGUACGACUAGAAAAAAUGGAAGGACAGUCAUAUGGUUUAGGAUUUUGCCUCAAAAAUCAGAUAGUAGCUCUUAAAAUAGGAGAUAGCCCAUUUGCUGAUGUGGGUGAUUCUGGUGCUCUGGUUCUUUCUGCGGGUGAAGACAUUGACUCGGUAGCUGUUGGCAUAGUGGUUGGUGGUUUGCAAGGAAGUGUAUUUGUCACGCCAAUUCAUGAUAUUCUUAUGGCACUCGGGUGUACUGACGGAAUGUAUCAGUUCAACACCUCUCCUUUUGGAAUUUGUAGCCCUGAUUCAGGUAUUAUGACGGACGAUCCCGAUUUGAUGGAAACAAAUAUUUUUUAAAAUGUAAGGAUACUGGUUUAACUUACGUCCGCCAGGAUGGUUGAAAAUGAUGUAAAAGUGUAUAGAUAAUGUUGAUUGAAUCUGUUUGUGAGAGGUAAUACAAUGUGAAAUAUCUCUUACGCCUCACAGCACCGUCUUAAGCGGAACUUUAUUAUACAGGUGAUUUAUAUAGACUCCACAGUCCCAAAGAACCAGAAAAUAUAACAACACUAAUUUAUUUUCAUUAACUUCCAUCAUACAUUCAGUAAAAGUCAGUAAAGAAUAUAAUGUCUAAUAUUGUGCAUAUUGAACAACUACUAAAUGAAGCCACAUCUUUAAAUAUUUGAUAUGUUGUCUAGUUAUAUCUGUGUUCUUUUUUAUUAUGAAACAAUGUAUUACAAACAGUGAUUUUGCCGUUAUAUAAAAUCAUUUAUUUGGAGUUCAGAUGCGAAGGAAUGAUAUCACGAGGACGCAGCUGAAUGUCAAGCAAUGAUUUAAUACAAGAGAACAUCACUGUUUGAGAUGUUUUAUAUUGAUUCUAACACGACAUCAACAUUAUCAUCUACAUCAUUAACGACACCCAACGGAUAUUUGCCUAUUUUUGCGCGGUUUUCUUAUCCAGCGCGAUGCUAUGACAUAACACGAGCUCCGCAGAGCGGGGCAAUAUAAACCCGAAGUUUAAGGAAACGUUGUUUUAAAGAAUAUUAUUCAGGGUGUUAGUGGUAAUGUUGCGGUGGCAAUGUUCAGAUUUGAGGUUUUGUGCGGCGGCGGUGACAGGAUACUAAGGCAAGAAAAUAAAGUGAAGCACAUUUCCCUUCGGGUAGUCGUGGGUCAAAGUUGUGAUAAGGGGGAAAUCAUGUUAACUGUUGCACGCUGCACAUCGUCUCGUUACCAUUAAACUAUAUUCAAGUUUAAAGAUAAUGCCUAGGAUAGUUUAUAAGUUGUGCUCCGGACACGAAUACUGAAGGACAAUUUUGACAUUUUAAUUCAAUUUGCGAUCUUUUUACUCCGUUUCAUGCGCCCUGCACAUCGUCCUGUGUCAACACAUUAAAUUGUUAUUACGUUAAUACUUUAAACAUUGGUGUGACAAUUGAGCACAAUUAUAAUGUUGACAUUCGAUCUACCAACCCUGCAUACCGUAUCACCAACCUACUUUUGUGCUAUGUUUGAAGUCUAUACUUUGAAUGUUGUUAAGUUUUUUUUCCAGACAAGAAACGAUUUCAUCUUUGAGCUCAAUUUGUGACUGUCCUUUGACCUAUCGAUCCCGUACAUGCGCUUUGUGCAUCGUCUAAUUGCCACCUACCUAUUUGCGAAGUUUAAUGUGCCUUAAAAAGUUAUCAAGUUUUGCUGUGGAUACGACCUACGACAGACGGAUAGAUAUUUGUGACGCACAAAUGCGUAAUAAAGUCACACUUAUAACCGGCUUUGUUUGAUAUGAAAACUAAUCGGGUCGUGCUAGAAUUUAGUAUCAAAUAAAAGUUCUUUGUUUUGUACAUCAGUAUUUCUGAACAUAAUCAGUGUUUGUGAGUUAGUAAAUUGUUACAAGGCGUCCGAUAUGUUCAAAGUAUUUUUCUGACCUUUUUUGCUUUAGGUCCUGCGGAUCUCAAAUGAACUAAAGACCGAUGAAUAGGACAAACUGUUUACUGAGUCAUUUAAUGAAGUUUGGCCAAAGCUUUUGGGGCUGCAAUUUAUUUAAGGAGUCACAUAAUACUUUGUUACGUGACUCCUUAUAUAAAUCGUCGAUCUAAAGUUGUGCUAUUGACAGGUCUAUAGUUCAACACAGGUUUGCCGAGCUAUAACCAAACCUUGAUGAAUGAAUAUUUGAAUAUGAAUAGGCGUAAAUGUGUUUUAUAUAGCAAUGUAAAGCAUUUAAAUAUCAUCAUUUAAAUGACGUAGAUAUCUUAUAGCUGUAUCUGGAUUAUUUCAUUUAGACCAUUCCAUGGGAAACCAGUACAAGUAACAUUAUAUAAUUAUUACAUAAUAAGUUAUCUAAAACUCUAAUCACAAAACAUUAUUUUUAGUGUCCAUCCCAAAUUUGAAACUAUUUUAGUCUGAUUCAUCUCUACAAGUCAAAUCAGAUUGUAAGUACAAAUAAGUUCUUUUAGUGUCGUCAUUGUAAUAGAAAUUCAACUUUUAGGUGGUAUCACGUUUUGAAUAUCCGGUGAACGACAAAAAAACAAAGAAUAUUCAGUUCUUUCCAAAAAUCGUUAUGUUAUGAUUCAACCAAAUAGUUUACUUUUUCCAUCAGAAAAUAUUUUAAUAUCGAGGUUUAGUACCUUUAUUACAGACAAUAAAUUAAAACAAUAGAAAUUCUUAUGUGACUUCAGUGUGCUCAACAAAGCAAUUUCAAACACAAAUAUUUGAUGUGGAAUGUAAAGUAAGUAACACACUACAAUGUCCUACCAAGAUACUUACAAAAACAAUGCAAAUGCAGAAUGGAGAGAUAAAAAUACUUUUGUAAUUUUGACAGAUCGUGAAAAUUAUUGACACAUUUUGACAGGUGUAUGAUGACUCAUGAGUUAAUUAAAAGUUUGCUGUUAUUUCUUCAUUCCAGUUUGAUUUUCUUAAAAUGGCUCUUCUAUAUUGUAGCUUAAAACUCAUAAAUCAAAACAAUAAAAUAAUAUAUUGUUA